ACGUUUUGGGUCAGGAUCCUUCUUCAGAAAUGGCGUACCAUAGUGUGCAAAAACAGCCUGGGCAUCUCACAUGACCAAUUCCCCCACAUUGAUUGUAAUGGUGGGAUUGCCUGCUCGUGGAAAGACUUACGUUUCUAAGAAGCUCACUCGUUAUCUCAAUUGGAUCGGUGUCCCAACCAAAGUUUUUAAUCUGGGCGAGUACCGCCGUGAAGCUGUGAAAUCAUACAAGUCAUUUGAAUUUUUCCGUCAUGAUAAUGAAGAAGCUAUGAAAAUCAGGAAACAGUGUGCCUUAGAUGCCUUGAAAGAUGUGAAAAUCUACCUCACAGUCGAAAAGGGACAGAUUGCAGUCUUUGAUGCAACUAACACAACUAGAGAAAGAAGAGAUUUAAUCCUGAGUUUUGUACGUGAUAAUGCAUUUAAGGUGUUUUUUGUUGAAUCUGUCUGUGAUGAUCCAGAAGUCAUUGCUGCAAAUAUUAAGGAGGUGAAGGUAUCAAGCCCAGACUAUGCAGAAUGUGAACAAGACCAUAUUAUGGAUGAUUUCCUCAAACGAAUUGAAUGUUAUGAAGUCACCUAUGAGCCACUGGAUCCUGAUAAUUAUGACAAGGAUUUAUCCUUCAUUAAAGUAAUUAAUGUUGGUCGACGAUUUCUAGUGAACAGAGUCCAGGAUUAUAUUCAAAGUAAGAUAGUUUAUUACUUGAUGAACAUUCAUGUCUAUCCACGUACUAUCUACCUGAGCCGGCAUGGAGAGAGUGAAUACAACAGAGUUGGGAGGCUUGGCGGUGAUGCAGGGUUAUCGUGCCAAGGAAAACAGUAUGCUGAAGCCUUGCGUAAGUUUGUUGAAGAGCAGAAAAUUCCUGACCUGAAAGUUUGGACCAGUCAGCUAAAGCGAACAAUUCAAACAGCAGAAGCCCUGGGAGUUCCUUAUGAACAGUGGAAAAUUCUCAAUGAGCUUGAUGCAGGUGUUUGUGAAGAAUUGACUUACAGUGAAAUUCAGGACAGUUAUCCAGAAGAAUUUGCUCUGAGAGACCAGGACAAAUACCAUUACCGCUACCCAGGUGGAGAGUCCUACCAGGAUUUGGUCCAGCGGGUGGAGCCUGUCAUCAUGGAGCUAGAGAGACAGGGAAAUGUUCUUGUUAUUGCACACCAGGCUGUCAUGCGGUGCCUUAUCGCUUACUUUAUGGAUAAGGGAGCAGAUCAGUUGCCGUACCUGAAAUGCCCUCUACAUACUGUCUUAAAACUUACGCCUGUUGCCUAUGGAUGUAAAAUGGAAUCAGUUUACUUAAAUGUAGAAGCAGUAAACACACAUCGUGACCGGCCACUGAAUGUUUCGUUAAGUCGCACACGGGAGGAGGCAUUGAGUACUGUCCCACAUCAGAAGAGUUCAAUUUAUGGAAGAAUGCAUUUACACAGAGUUCACUGUAAUUUGCUUUAACUGCAUACAAUGGCAUUGUUGACAGAUGUUAACCUGUCUUAGGUCAUCUUACCUACUGUCAGUUCAACAUUUUGUAAAGUGAUGUACAAAUGUGAUUGUGCCUCCUACAAAGUAAAUGUUUCUCUGUCUUUUGUUCUAGUAUAUUUUUUAAAGUGGAAAUAUGUAUUGCAGUUGUGAAAAGGAAGCACAAAUUAAACCCACUGAGGAGAGAAAGAACAGAGAUUAGCCAUCAAUUAAUAGCCGGCAAAUUCUUUGUCCCCAAAGCAAAGUGAAAAUAGGUCGAUGCAUCUAGAUACUGCAACAUUUGUGAGUGUUUUUUGAUGCUUUCAUCCAGCUAUGUAACUAGUGGUAUCAAAAGCAAAUUGAGUUUACAGAAGUCUGAAGUCUGUUGCUUAUAUUGCAUAGACCGACUUAUUUACUGUCAGAAGAUAAAGGUCUAAACGCACAAUUAGAUGCAUUGAAAUGCACACUGUACAGGUUCCCAGAAUAAUGUAUUGUGUAAACUAUAAUAAAAGUUGUAAAUUCAAUAUUGGGACAUAUUUAUAAAUGUAUCUGAUAAAUCCAUCUUUGUAGUUUGAAGUAUAUAAGGAUUAUUUUGAGUUCUUAAGUAUGUUCAAUGGUAGUUUCAUUGUCCAACAAGUUUAAUUAAUUUAACAAGAAAGUUCAUCCGAGAGAAAUACUAUACCACCGUUUUGCAUAAUGCAGUAGAAAAAAAGUUUAUCUUCAUUAAACUGUCCAUUUUUAAUCUAAAAUAUUUUAUCUUUGUACUUUGUUAUAAUUGGGAGAAUUUGUGGGCCAUUAGUUAAAAUGGAAUAAUUUAUGUCUAUGGACAGUUAUGUACAUGCUUUUCAUGCUUUACAAAAAAUAUUGGUUGAUUUCUCCCCAUGUGUAAUUCUCAAGAAGGGAACAUGUACUCAUCUCAAAAAAAUAAAUUCUAUCCUUAUGAAA